AUUGUCAAAUCUGCAGUAACAAAACGAUAUUUGGUGAAUAAACAACAUGAGUUUUCAAGACAAAGUGGUUAUUGUGACCGGCAGCAGCUCUGGUAUUGGAGCAGCCAUCGCCAUUAAAUUCGCCGAAGAAGGCGCUAAGGUCACUUUAGUAGGAAGAAACCAGGAGAAACUGAACAACGUCGCUAAGAAAUGUGGCAAACCAUUAGUGCUCGUCGCUGACGUUACUAAAGAUGAAGACGCCAAAAGAAUUGUGGAUGAGACUUUAAGAGUAUUUGGCAAACUCGAUAUUUUAGUAAACAACGCAGGUAUUGCAAAUGCAACCGGUAUUCAGGCUGAACAUGCAAUGGCCGUAUUUGAUAAAGUUAUAUCGACCAAUCUUCGUUCUGUGGUUUACUUAACUCAUCUUGCUGCUCCUCACCUUGUUAAGACAAAAGGGAAUAUCGUGAACAUUUCCAGUGCUGUAGCAUUUCGAGUAUUUUCCAAGGAAGCUUUUCCGUAUUGUACAUCAAAGGCAGCCCUGGAUCAUUUCAGUAGAGCGGUUGCACUUGAGCUGGCAUCAAGCGGUGUACGUGUAAAUACCGUCAACCCAGGACCUGUAGUGACUGAUAUAAUCGAAAAUUUAGGCGCAACGAAAGAACAGCAAGCAACUACAUUCAAACGUAUGACGGAUAUGACAGCAUUGAACAGAAUUUCUGAUCCUGAAGAAAUUGCUGAUCUUGUUCUGUUCGUAGCUUCUGAUAAGGCAAAGGCUAUAACUGGAUCUUCGUAUGUUUCUGAUAACGGUGUGUUGUUGGAAAAUAAAGGCACCUUUUAAAUAAUCGA